AUGGACGAGGCCAGGGAAAUGAACCAAGUGCAAAGCGCAUUCCGCAGUAUUCCGUCAUUUACGAACGAAAUUUCGGAGCAGAUAUGGUCGGUGCUGGCAGGAAUUCUCCAUCUUGGAGAAAUUGGUUUUUUGGCUGCGGAGGGGCAAGCGGAAGGUUGCUUGCCGGAAAGUCGUAGCGCUAUAAAAUACGCUGCCUCAGCCCUUGGUGUCUCCGAUAACUCUCUAUCUGCAACACUCUGCACCCAAGUUCUCGGAGUUCACGGAGAUAUCGUCAAUAAAAACCAUACCGUGAAUGGUGCGCUCUACACAAGAGAUGCAAUGGCUAAAGCCAUCUAUGAACGACUAUUCAAUUUUAUCAUCGCCAAGGUGAAUGAAGUGACUCAAAACAAAAAGCCGGAUCGUCCUACGGUAAUACCAUUUCGGUUCUCGACAUUUAUGGCUUUGAGAUUUUUGCGAAAAAUAGCAAUAAAAUGGGUCAAAAUUGACUACUUCGACAAUCAACCGAUUUGCAAAUUGGUGGAGGAGCCUAAGCGCGGAAUCCUGGCUAUUCUGGAUGAUGCUUGUGCUCAAGUCGGGAAAGUGACCGACGAGAUGUUCCUACGAGAAAUGGAUACAAAAUUGAAAGGUCAUCAGCAUUAUACGAGUCGAGGGCUGAACCAAAAGGACAAGGCAAUUGGGCAUGAUGAAUUCAGAAUCCAACACUACGCUGGUGAAGUGAAAUAUGACGUGAAUGGUUUUAUCGAUAAGAACAAGGAUUAUCUGUAUGAAGAUAUCAAGCGUUUGCUCUACGGAAGCUCAUCCUCCCUCGUCAGAACCCUGUUCCCAGAUGGAGCUACAAACAAAGAAAUGAUCACCCGAAAGCCACCAACAUCCGGAAGGCUUUUCCAGAAAAGUAUGGACGAAUUGGUGCAAGCGAUGGCACAAAGUGAUCCAUGGUAUAUCCGGUGCAUCAAGCCAAAUGAUCACAAAUCUGCUGCUAAAUUUGAUAGUGGCCUUGUGGAGCAUCAGGUCCGCUACCUCGGAUUAUUAGAAAACAUCCGCGUCCGUAGAGCUGGUUUUGCCCACCGCGUCACCUACGUCAGAUUUGUCAAACGCUACAAAAUGAUCUGCCCGACCACCUGGCGCUUCCCAUCUUACGACAAUGACAAGACCAAAACCGAACAGAUCUUGAAAUAUUUGGGCUGGAAGGAUGAGAGCGUGAUGGGAAAAACAAAGUUGUUCAUCCGGUCGCCCGACAAGCUGAUUGAGCUUGAGAAUGCACGCGAGGCUGCGUUGCCACGCGUGGCCAAGAUUAUGCAAACAGCGGUACGGAAAUGGCAGUUCCGAUGCUACGUCGCGAAGCUGAUCGCCAAACGGAAAAUCGUGACCGCAUAUCGUCGAUAUAAAUUGAGACAACGCCAGGAGAUGAUCACCGAGUUCUGCAUGGCAUUUAAGCCAGUCCUUCGUGCGACAAAUUACGGUGCAAACGCCCAACUGCCCCCAAUCGACCCAUCACUCUCACGAUUCCGAUCAGAAGUCGUCAAUCUUUUCUACAAAUGGAGAAAAGCUGCCAUCUACAAGUCAAUGCCCGACUAUUUGAAACAAGCCUUCUGGCCAAAAAUGUCCGCAUUGGAAGUGAACAAAAACGGCUAUUGGCCGGGUGUACAAAGAAUGUGGCUGGGAGACUAUCUAAGCCAGCCAGGAGAAUUGAGCGGUGAUGUGCAAAAAUACAAGAAUGUGAUACAAAAUGAGCUAUUAAAAAAGCAUCCAGCUAGUCAAAUCCUAUUUUCAUCUUAUAUUCAGAAAAUCAAUCGGUUUAACAAAUCGGCUGGUCGAGCCUUGGUGAUUACGGAUCGCUAUAUCGCAAAAUUGGACUCAAAGAGCUUGAGCGUCUUGAAAGAAGUCACCACGCUAGAUAAGAUAACCGGGAUUACGGUGGCGCAAGAUACACACAGUAAUCUGUUGAUCGUGCAUACGGGAACGAGUGAUCUGGUUUGCUGUUUGAAGAAUGUGAAAAGUGAAGAAAGAGUGGGAGAACUGCUCGGAACAUUGUUGCACCAUUAUGAUAAGAGCGGUGCACGUCGACCAAAAGUAAGUGUCUCGGAAUGGCCAUCCUGCCGAUUGGGCAACAAACCGAAAACGGUGCGCGUGGAGUACAAGGAGGGCGCAACGAAUUUGCAUAUGGAAGGUGAAACCAUCCUGCUCACAUGCUCACGGGUGAAC